AUGGUUUCAACUGUGGAAGAGCCAACAUCCAUGAUCACUGCUGAGACAGCUAGCAGUGACGAUAAAAACGAGAUCAAGGCCAUGAAAGAGUCGAUCGAAAACGAGGAGGAUAAAACUGAGAAGAAAGACGAAGGUGAUAAGGAAAACGGGGAAUCUGUUGCACCUGAAGCUUUGGACGAGGCCUCAUCAUCUGUAGCCGACGAGAAAGACGAACAGAAUGGGAAGAAGAAAACAGAUGACGAGAAAAAAGGAGUAGAAUGCAUCGAGCUUGAAGAUGAUGACUGUAACAUUGUAGAUAGCAAAAGUGAGGGUGAACCCCCAUCGAAAAAAUCAAAAAUAGAGGAGCAGGAUAAAUCAAGUUCAAAGUCUUCCGAGAAGAAGGAGCCCGAACUUAAUAGUCCAGAGGCGUUGUUAAAUAAGUUGGAAGAAUAUAUUUCCGAUGCUAUUAAUAGCGAAAAAAAUGUUAAACGUAAAGUUCUUGAUGCAUUGCUAGGAGCUAUUAACGUACAAGUACAACGGGAACCGCUUAGUGUGAGAAAACUAAUUUUGGAUAAACAGUUAGUACUACCAAAUACGAUCUCAUUUCCUCCUAGCCAAGUUGUUGACAUGUUGAUUGAACAUGAUCCGGAGUACCCCUUGUCAAAGGUUAUUAAUAAGAUGUUCGGAGAUGAAAGGCCAAAACUUAGUGAUGCAGAGAAAAAGGAGCGCCAUACUCUCAAGGGUAACAAUCCUGCUCCCCAUAUGACGAAGCUACUUAUGGACAUUGGUCAAGACUUAGUUCAGGAAGCCACAUACUGUGAUAUUGUUCAUGCAAAAAAUUUACCAGAGACGCCUAAAAAUUUAGAAACUUACAAAACAGUCGCUGCUCAAUUGAAGCCGGUUUGGGAAACCUUGAAGAAGAAGAAUGAACCAUAUAAACCCAAGUUACACGAAUGCUUAGUAUGCGGGUUCAAAACUGAGUCACGUAUGAUUCUCAAUGACCAUAAAGCUCGUACACACUACAAAAAUGGAAAGUAUAUGUGUGCAUUGUGUCCUGAGUUUGAUACUAAUGAGACUCGGCUGAUUUCUCACUAUUUGAAUGCUCAUUGUGUGGUUGCUUCAAGAGAAGACACACCCGCUAAAUAUCCAUGUGUUAUAUGCGAAGAGGAUUUCCAACUGAAAGGUCUUCGCGACCAGCAUUUGAAAUCAUGUAAAAAGGACUAUACUAAAGUUCGCCAAAUUAUGGCACCCACGUCUGCUGACGUACUAAUGAUUAAUCAAUGGCUUUGGGAUCGGCCUCCAGUUGACCCCACUAUUCUUCAACAACAACAAGUGGCGCAAGCGCAUCAGAAGAAAGCUCAAAUUCAAUCUGUUGCUGCCCAAGCUGCUAUGAGGAGGAAUAUGACAGGCACUAACACUCAGAAUGCCGCUGCUGCUCAAGCACUGAUUCAGCAGCAAUUUGCUCAGAGGCAUCAGCAACAGCUUCGUCAAUUAGGAGCACUAAUGAACCAGAAGAACUCUCCUUUCAAUAAUAAUAACUUAAUAGCAGCUAUGCAACAACACAUUCAAAGGGCCGCUGCCCAAUCUAAUACUAAUAAUAUACGUACAGCUACACCGGCUGCUGCCAGCCCAGCUUUAAAUAAAGCGAGUGCAAAGAUGAGUACUGCUUCGCUUUUGGCUCAAGCCCAAGCUUUGCGAAAAUUCCCAGCGCUCACUUCACAAGCAAUGAAAAUGCUUACUUCUGCAGCCGCAGGACUAUUAGGAGCUGCUGCUAGUUCUCCACAGAGUCAAAAUGCCGCUGCUGCCGUUGCUGCUGCUGCUGCCGCUGGAGUCACUACUUCAGCAAGUACUGGAAGUACAUGUGAAAUAUGCGAUCAAUCAAUCUCCGAUAAAGAAAAGUAUCUGCAACAUUUACAGGUUCAUCAUAAGCAGAUGAGAGGAAAGGUGGCAUCUGAUAUGUCUCAAGGUGCUCCUUUAGCUUGUAGUAGAUGCAAAGAGCGUUUCUGGACUUAUGAAGGCUUGGAACGUCACUUGGUUAUGUCGCAUGGCUUAGUAACCGCUGAUUUGUUGCAAAAGGCACAAAAGAAAGAAGAUGGAGGACGUUGCAAACUGUGUGGGAAGCAAUACGCAUUCAACAUGUUACAACAUCUUGUAGCCGAUCACCAAGUUAAACUAUGUUCAGCAGAAAUCAUGUACUCCUGCGAUGUAUGUUCUUUCAAAUGUACGAGUUACAAAGAUCUUGAGACUCACUUGUCUACCCAACAUCCCAAAAACGGAGAAGUAACCAAAGAAGCUACUAAGGCAACUGGCACUGAUUGUAUAACCUUAGAUGAUUAA